GCAUUAAACUUAUUUGAAUUAUUUGGUGGUGUAUUUGGAAUACUUACAAGUUUAUAUGCAUUACUAUUUGGUAUAAAGUCUAUUCAACUAUGGGGUUUAGUUCAGAGAAAUGUUUUUAAA